CGGCUUAUCUUCAACUAAAGCACGUACACAAAAACACUCUCUCCAUACAAUUUGAAUGGCAAUCUCAAUCUCUUCUUCGAAAUCCCAUCUGAAUAAUGAAACAAAAACCAUAAAUUCCGAAUCACUCGAGAGAGAAAUUGGAGACCAAGGCUUGAGAAAACAAAUUCUCAAACGAGGAACUUCAUGGCAGACUCCAUUUCCAGGGGACGAAGUUGAAGUUCAUUUCAGUGGUCACGUUGACGGCGGGGCAUGUUUAGAUUUGAGUCAUGAUGAAGAAACUCCCUUUCGUUUCAAAUUAGGCCAAGGUGAAGUUAUUAAAGGAUGGGAUGAGGGAGUUGCGACUAUGAAGAAAGGUGAAAGAGCAAUCCUCAUAAUACCACCAAGCUUAGCUUAUGGGGAAGCCGGUUCUCCACCACUCAUUCCUCCCAAUUCAACUUUAGUUUUCAAUAUUGAACUGCUCUCUUGGACCACUAUCAGAGAUAUAACAGGCGAUGGUGGAAUAUUGAAGAAAGUUAUUAAGGAGGGUGAAGGAUGGGCUACUCCCAGGGACAAUGAUGAAGUGUUCGUUAAGUAUGAGGCUUGGCUUGAGAAUGGAACACUAACCUCUGAAUCCAAGGAAGGUGUAGAGUUUCAGAUAAAUGAUGGUUAUCUGUGUCCUGCAAUGAGCAAGGCAGUGAAGACAAUGAGAAAGGGUGAGAAAGCAGAGCUUGCAGUGAAGUUCUCUUAUGGCUUCAUAGAAGAUGGAUAUGGGACUACUAACACUGGCAACGUUGUGCCGUCCAAUUCUAAUUUGACCAUUCGAGUUGAGCUCUUAUCCUGGAAAAGUGUCAUUAACAUCACAGGAGAUGGAAAAGUCUUCAAAAAGAUAACAAAAGUCGGUGAGGGAUUCGACCGGCCCGGUGAAGGAUCCUUGGUAAAAGUGAUGUACAUUGGCAAACUUGAAGAUGGAACAAUUUUUGAGAGGAAGGGAUCUGAUGAGGAGCCUUAUGAGUUUUUAACUCUAGAAGAAAACAUAAAUGAGGGCUUAGACAGAGCGAUUAUGACUAUGAAAAAAGGUGAACAAGCCAUAGUGACUGUCAAUGAAGAGUAUUUGUGCAGCCGUGAAGUUUCAGAAUUUGUCGCUGCAAACUCAGUAUUAUAUUAUGAAGUACACCUCAUUGAUUUCACUAAGGAAAAGCCAUUUUGGAAAAUGGAGUCUAAGGAGAAAAUUGAAGCAUGUGAAAGGAAGAAGCAUGAUGGAAAUUUGCUGUUCAGGGCAGGCAAAUUUUGGCGUGCCUCCAAGAAAUAUGAGAAGGCUGCAAAGAUCGUCGAGUUUGAUCACUCUUUUACUGAUGAUGAGAAGCAUACAGCAAAUGACUUGCGGCUGUCAUGUUAUUUAAACAAUGCAGCCUGUAAACUCAAACUAGAAGAAUACUCUGAAGCCUCAAGACUAUGCACAAAGGUCAUAGAACUUGAUCCAUCAAAUGUGAAAGCACUCUUUCGAAGGUCCCAAGCUUACAUGAAAACAUCAGAACUAGAAAAGGCCGAGGCUGAUUUGAAAAGAGCUCUAGCCAUUGACCCCAAUAACAAAGAUGUGAAACUUGGGCACAAGGAGCUCAAAGAGAAACAGAGAGACUAUGCCAAAUUUCAAGCUGAGAUUUUCAGUGCCAUGGUUUCGAAGAUGGGUUAAUAGCUGUAAGUGAAUCCAUGAAAUUGAUGGUACUAAAUAUGCUUUUUUUGUAAUGAGAAACUUUAUCCAAAUCAAACCGACUUUUCAAUUUCGAAUCAA